AUGGCGCCCCUUCUCCUCGUGCUGCUGCUGCUCGUCCACCGCGCUGCCGCCGCCGACGAGAGACAGCUUCUCAUCCAGAUCAAGCGCGCGUGGAGCGACCCGCCGGUGCUCGCGGCAUGGAGCACUUCGGGCUCGGGGGACCACUGCGCCUGGCCCUACGUGACCUGCGACACAUCGUCCGGCCGCGUCACGAGCCUCUCCCUCGCCAACAUCAACAUCACCGCCCCGUUCCCGGAUGCCAUCGGUGGCCUCUACGGCCUCACCAGCCUCAACCUCUCAAACAACAACAUCACCGGCGCCUUCCCGACCAGCGUGUACCGUUGCGCUUCGCUGCGGCACCUCGAUCUGCGGAAUCUGGCUAUAUAUGCAAACAACCUCACGGGAGAGGUCGUCGAUGAUGGUCCUUUCGGCGCGGUGAAUUUGGUGAAGAUGGACCUGUCCGAGAAUCACAGGCUUAGUGGGCCGAUUCCGGAAGCCUUCGGUCACUUGCCAAAGCUUGAAAGGUUGAGCUUGUUCCUCAACCACUUCUCCGGUGAGAUACCGGCAAGCAUCAGCCGGCUGCCUUCUUUGGUGACUCUGCAAUUGUUCGGCAAUUGUCUCAACGGCACGCUCCCUCGGGAUCUCGGCAAGAAGUCACCUGAGUUGGUCUAUGUUGAAGUUGACGACAACGAGAUCACUGGCGCAAUACCGGAGGGGCUUUGCACCAACGGCAUGCUCCAGUCGCUCACCGCCAGGAACAACAGAUUGAACGGCUCCAUCCCGGAAGCCCUUGCCGGUUGCAGCACGCUCAAGCGACUGAUACUUCGCGACAACAAGCUUACUGGGAAGGUGCCUUUUUUCUUCUAG